AUAGUGUAAGAUGUCCUCCACGGAGCCAAACAUUUGGUGCUUAAAGAUUCAUUAGAUUUUCUUAAAGUUGGCAUCGAAAGAGGUGUCGUGUUUCGAUCUUUUUGCUUAUGCAAAUGAGGAAGCUGAAAUCGACCGAUAAGAAGAAUUCGAGAGCAUUGUGGACUUCUAGUCACGUGCUUUUGGAUUUGAAAGAUUUUUAGGAAAUUAGGAACAUGAGUGACAGUGAAGAAAUACAGGAAGUUAGAGGCAACAACGCUAUACCACGCUGUGUAGGAUGUGGACACGAAGCGUGGUCUGAUACUUACGGAGCUUACGCUUGCAGAUCUUGUACGAAUUUUUUUAUAAAUUCCAUUGUACACAGAGAAACUCAUACGUGUAAAAUAAUAUUAGGCUUGACACACGAAGGAUGUACAUUUUGUAGACUGGAAAAAUUAUAUGCCAGCGGAUUAAAACCGAUACGAUACGCCAACAAUGAUGGUAAUACAUGGUUUAUGAAAGAGAAAAUUCCUCUUUUGUCCAAAUGUACAGCUUAUGACUAUCCUCUAAAUGUGAUCGUUGAAAAUCCUGAUUUGAAAGGAUAUGUAGAGAUGGCCGAAACGUACGUUACAGGAAAUAUGUUAACCUAUUUGUUUUUGUUUGGAUACUAUUUACGGAACAAUAUGAUAACAACAAAUGAAGAAACUGCAAUAUUCGAUUUUGCUGCGAGAGGAGCGCGUAUGGUAGGAAUUUGUAAGUCAAUCCACGCUCACGACGUAUUGAAAACGCGGUAUAGUUACAUCGAUCCUUACAAGUGUCCGAUUAAAAUCUAUCAAGAUAUACUGAUGGAUGAUUUGAAUCUUUUACGUAGAUUUCUCGAAGUAUGUCAAGAACGUCCCCCGAGUGAAACGGAAAGAGAUAGAUAUAUAAUAAUGGGUGAAAUUCCAUAAACGCCGUGUCCGAGAUAUUUACAAGAAAUUGCCAAAUGUAUUGAAAGAAGUGUAUAAAAUGGAAUAAAGAAAUUGGGAACAAAUGUCACGUGAAAUCAUUUGUAAAAGUUUAUAUUUGGGUUGAUGAUAUCUUAAUAAUGCAAAAAACAUUUUUGUAAUAAUAAUCUUACAUUUUCUCUGUGAUGUGAUGUUAACUUUUAUUGUAUAAACAAGAAGAUUGAUUAUAUAAAAUAUAUAAAUGUUUGGUGCGCUUUUUUCAAUUUAUUGAGUAUUUUGUUUGAAUUAUAUAACAAUCGUAUGUACCUAGGAUUGCGGAAAGGAAAGUCUUUUAAUCAGCUUUCCUAUCCUUGUCCAUUUUGACAUUUUUUUAAACUC